GCACGGCAGCAUGUGGCACAACCGGAGAAAGUAGGAAAAACAAACGUAGUAGAGGAUUGGAAAACCCAAACCCACAACGACGGUGGCCAGGGAAAAAUGCCAAAAAACCUGGUGGAAAAGUUCCUGACCAUUCUGUUGAGACGCAAGGAGUGCUAGGAUCAAGUGUUUGUCCAUCAAGAUGAUGUCCGAAUACUGGAUUAUCUCGGCCCCUGGCGACAAGACCUGCCAGCAGACGUACGACACGAUGAACAACCUGACCAGCAAGCAACACAACCUGUGCAAUAACUACAAGUUCCAUAUACCAGACCUCAAGGUCGGCACCCUGGACCAACUGGUGGGCCUCUCCGAUGAUCUGGGCAAGCUGGACACCUAUGUGGAGCAGAUCACCCGCAAGGUGGCCAACUACCUGGGCGAGGUGCUGGAGGAUCAGCGGGACAAGCUCCACGAGAACCUGAUGGCCAACAACAGUCCUGGGCCACCCGACGACAGCAUGCCGUGUCGCCACCACCAGCGCAUCAAGCAUCUCAGCCUGCGACACCAGCGAAAACACCAGCACACGCACCACCAAAACAAACCCCAACACUACCAUCACCACCACCAUCACCACCAGCUGCCGCAGGAUCUCAAGGGUAAAUCCGCAGUCACCUGUUCUCCCGCCACUCCUCCUGCUCCUGCGCACCCCAAUCUUCCUGCUGCUCCAGCGCCCGCCUGUGCCUGCGAUGCCCUAGCCCCAGGAUCCGUAUCCGGCGGCAGCCUAACUAACCUGUCGACAAGCCACGAGCCGGAGACGGAGCCGGAGUUCGAUGCCUGCCCGUGCGACGAGUGCUUCGCCUGUGCCCCGCCCAGCACCAGUGCCACGGCCAGCACGCUCCUGGCGGAUGAGUGCUACUCGCAGACCGCCUCCUCCAUGCUGAGCGCCACGAGGUGUGCGUUGUCCACGGUGGCGGCCAUUGCCACUGGGAGCGGAUUGGGCAGUGGGCCGAGCACCAGUGCAGCGGCCGCUGCGGCUGCCUCCUCCUCCUCGGGAGGGGGUCCCGCCUCCUGCUCGACGAUCUGCUCCUCGGCAUACUUCUCCACGUCGGCGCCCACGACCAGCAGCUCGGUGCACAGCAGCAUGUCCCGCUCUAACAGCAAGCGGCUGAAUAACAACACUUGCAGCAUCAACAAUAACAAGCUCAGCUUCCGCAGCGGCAGUCAUGUGAGCCAGUUGCACCUGGCCACUCAGCAUCCGCAGCAGCCACAGCAGCCGCACCAUUCGCAUCCGCAUCCGCAUCCUCCUCCUCCAGUGCAUGCCAAUCCGCUGCAGUCGCCCACACAAAAGUCCAUGUCGGAGGACGAGGAGGGCGAUGCGAUCCCCAAUGCCCCCGAAGAUGGGGAGACGGACGAGGACCCCAAGAGUCCGCACAGUGUGCAGUCCGAUCUGUCGGACACCUUCGACUGGUGGUUCAAUAAGCCCAAGCGUAACUCUAAGAAGAGCAGUGCACAACAGCAACACGAGACACCACAGCAACAGACGCAACAGCAACCACUGACCCCACAGCAACAUCAACACCAACAGACACAACAACAACAUCAACAACACCAGAACCAGAACCAGAACCCAUACCAGAACCAAUACCAAAACCAAUACCAAUACCAAAACCAGUACCAAAACCAACACCUAUCCAAAGCAAUGACAUUUUGGCAUCAAGCAUCGACCACACCGCGCUCUAGUUAUCGCUCUUUCUUCAAUUCUCUUGCCGAUCAAAUUUAUAGCAAACGUUCUACACCGAGUCAAUUAAAUAUAAACAAUGGAUUUAAUUUAACACCAACACAUAGAUCGUCUCCAGUGAGUAGUUGUUGUGGCAGUAGUAGCCAGGGGCGAUCCAGUCCGGACACGGAUCCCGCCGAGCCGCCCGAGUUUCCGCUGAGUCCAGCCGAACUGCCGCAGUACUUGACCCGCUUCCAAUGGGAUAUGGCCAAGUACCCGAUCAAGCAGUCGCUGCGCAACAUCGCCGACAUUAUCUCCAAGCAGAUCGGCCAGAUCGAUGGCGAUCUGAAGACCAAGUCCCAGGCCUACAACAACCUCAAGGGAAAUCUGCAGAACCUGGAAAAGAAGAAGACUGGCAGCUUGCUGACCAGGAAUCUGGCUGACUUGGUCAAGAAGGAGCACUUCAUCCUGGAUUCGGAAUACCUGACCACCCUGCUGGUCAUUGUACCCAAGGUCAUGGCCAAUGACUGGUUGACCAACUACGAGAAGAUCACCGACAUGAUCGUGCCCCGCUCCUCGCAGCUCAUCCAGGAGGACAGCGACUACUGCCUCUUCAACGUGACGCUCUUCAAGAAGGUGGCCGAGGAGUUCAAGCUCCAUGCCCGCGAGCGCAAGUUCAUUGUGCGUGACUUUGUCUACAACGAGGAGGAGCUGGCCGCCGGCAAGAACGAGAUGACCAAGCUGAUGACGGACAAGAAGAAGCAGUUUGGUCCCCUGGUUCGCUGGCUGAAGGUGAACUUCAGCGAGGCUUUCUGCGCCCUGAUCCACGUGAAGGCCCUGCGUGUGUUUGUGGAAUCCGUGCUGAGAUACGGCCUGCCCGUCAACUUCCAGGCCAUCCUGAUCGAGCCCAACAAGAAGAGCGUGAAGCGUCUGCGCGAUGUGCUCAACCAGCUGUACGGUCACCUGGAUGGUGCCUCCGCCGGCGGUGCUGUCAGCAGUGCUGAUAACGUGGACAUCCCCGGCCUGGGCUUUGGCCAGUCCGAGUACUUCCCCUAUGUGUUCUACAAGGUCAACAUCGAUAUGGUGGAGCAGGCCAAGGUCUAAGAUCGCCCGCCGUCCCCAACAUUGCAUACAUCCAGCCACACAAAAUACACUUUAAUACAAAACCAAUCAACUUAAAAUCAGCUGAACCAUUCGCAGACAUCUAAUGAAACAAAAUUAAUAGAUUACUUUAAAUAAUUUUAGUCAUUGUUAUCUAAUUAUUGUUGUUAUUUAUGUUGCGCGCUGCCGAAUAUCUGUUUCAAAUCAACUUCCGGUUCGAGAAAUCGAGACGCGCGUCAACCAACCGAAAAAAGAGAUCGAUUACAGUCAUCCCAGAUCUUGUAGAACUUCCCGAUUGUUCUUUGUUCCCCCUUCAGUUCGCUAAACAGUAUUUUAUGUUUUUCUUAUGCCCUACUAUGAUUAUGAUAUGAUAUGAUGAAUGAACAGAGUGUUUGACCCGUAGCCAAAUUUACACACAUUGUCGCUGAAGCCCCGGCUUUAAUUCUCCCUUUUCGUUUGUUUUUUGGUAGCUAUACAAUAAACAUUUGAGUUACAUUUUGUUUUUACAAACAUUUCGUCUCGUUUCGUGCUUGUCUUGUGCUCCACUUGGUAUCUGUAUCCGUGACUAACAGCCAACAUACAAGAAACAUGCCCAAAAUAAAUUUAAGCCCAAAAAUGGUGUCGCAAAUCGCAAAAAAAACAGAACGUUUCCCAACGGAACUACUUAAUUGCGCUAACAAAUUUCCGAAGCAAUGGUACGUUUCCAGUAAAGACAAACUAUUAACUAACGGAAGUAUUGUAUUUAUAAAUGUUGCCUAGAUAUCGAAAGUCUAUAAACAAAAAUUCUGCGCGCUGUUUGCAUACAAACUACUAAUCGCUGAGGAUAACCGCUCGAGCAUUUCGUGGUUCUGUCUGUCUUGUUUAACCCCGCGUGUGCGUUAACCCACUAAAAAACAAAAAACAAACCACCAGCAGCGAUCGAGGGUCUAUACCACAUGAGAUAUGAACAAUAAUAUUCUAUUCGUAUGUAAAGUUUUUCAGUUUUUCCUAUUGCUAAUUCGAGAAUUGUUUACCGAGUUAAGCGAAACGUGAGAGAGAUACAGUAUCUAUAUAUAAAUAUUUUAAAGUUAUGCAUACUAUGUGUAAAAAGAAACGAAAGAAACCAUGUAAAUGUCAUUGCGUUAUAUAAGGUGCAAUUAAGCCAUUCUUGUAAAUAAUUAUAAAGAAAGAAAGACAUUCCCAA